AUGAGAGGAGCAAUAAUGCGUCGACAAACAGCCGUGAGGGAAAAAGCGUACCAAAGACAGAGGCCAGGCCAGGCGAUGGCAUCGACGCUCAAUCCAUCUUGCGAUCCACGUGAUAUCCAUGGCGUCGAACGUGCCAACGUCUUACUGCUGCUACGGCUGAUCAUUCGCAAAUUGCUGGAAGAGGCGAUGCGCUCUGAUGACCGAGCAAUUGCCAGCGACCAUCCACAGUUGCAGAACUUAUUUGUGGUUCUAGAAAGAGCGCUGAGGCAUGGUCUGAAACGCUUCCGGUCGAUUGUCUGGAACGACUAUGAUCUGUGGCAGAUAAUCGAAAAGGUGUCCGUACGCUCGGCCGACUUAAACGAAUCUGUCGUUUGCAUCCAGCAGCUGCCUCACGUCGUGUCUCAAACUUGCCGUUUUCGGGCAUGGCUACGACUCUCACUUAUGCAGAAGAAGCUAGCCGACUACGUAGCAUGUUUGGUCGAGGCCAAGGAUAUACUACGCGAGUGCUUCGAAGGUUGGGCUUUGGUUCGUCAGGAGUCAGCGGCAGCGAUUUUGACCGGAAACUUGGUUGGCCUGCGAGUAAUCGAGUGCAACUUGUUUGUGAAGGAGGACGAACUGAAAGAACAGCCGGUUGCUGUAGACAUUAGUUCCCUGGUAAAUGUAAAUUUUGAACCCAUUGCCGAAGAAGGAACAGCUUCAUCGGGAAAACUCUCUGAUGAGCAGCUGAAAUCUAUAUUAGAUCAAGCGAACUACUUGGAAGAAAGGAAUGCUUUUCUAGAAUUGAAGAAUAAAGAACUGCAGAUGAAGGUGUCAGGGUUGGCGACGUCGCGCAACGCACCAGUGUCCGCCGAAUAUGUAAAGGAGGAGUUGAAUGACAAUAAGCCGACGGAUGAUACGCUGACGUGUCGAAUAAGAGAGCUUGAAACUGCUUUAGAUCUGACCGAAAAAGAUGUUCACUUGAAGCAGGACACAAUCAUCGCCCUUAGACAGCAGGUCAGCGAUAUUCAAAAGGUCAACGCGGAUUUGUACACCAAGCUAAGGCGAAACUCUGAACUGCGCGAUUUCUGUGAAGAACUGCUGACGAAGGUCAGCGAUUACGAGAGGGCGUUGGAGGAAGUGGGCAUUCAUUUGUCAGAGUCAAAGCUCAAAGUGGAGAACUUGAAAGAGGACAUACUGCCUUUUACGGACGCUCAGUGGGUGGACGAUAAGGAAGCGAUAGAGUGCAAAAGUUGUUCUCAAAAGUUUUCCGUAAGCCGCAGAAAACAUCACUGCCGAAGCUGCGGUGGUAUCUUUUGCAAUGGCUGUAGCGCAAACACGUUGCCUCUGCCGUCCAGUGCGAAGCCUGUCCGUGUCUGUGAUACCUGUUUAACCCUUCUGCUUCGACGUUUGACGAUCAAGACGGUUCCUUCUACUGCCGGAAGUGUCGAAUGA